AUGGCAGGCGAAGAUCAAACCCACCGGCCGCAUCGGACUUCGAAGACAAAGAAGAAGCACGACGCGAGUCAACCUAACCCCAAAGCUUUUGCAUUCGCAGCGCCUGGAAGGCUUCAGAAGCAGGCCGCUCGCAGUCACGAUGUCAAGGAAAAGCGUCUACAUGUACCGCUGGUCGACCGACUUCCUGAGGAGGCGCCUCCGUUGGUAGUCGGUGUUGUUGGACCGCCCGGUGUUGGCAAAACUACCCUGAUCAAGAGUUUGGUGAGGAAAUAUACGAGACAAACCAUCACACAGCCGACCGGUCCAAUCACAAUUGUCACGAGUAAGAGGAGGCGUUUGACCUUCGUGGAAAAUCCAAGUGAGAGUCUGGCAUCGGCGAUUGACCUCGCAAAGGUGGUGGACAUCGUCCUGCUCAUGAUCGACGGCAAUUACGGCUUCGAAAUGGAGACGAUGGAGUUCCUCUCAGUGUUGAGUAGCACGGGUAUGCCGGGAAAUAUAUUUGGUAUCUUGACACACCUCGAUCUUUUCCGCAAGCAGGAGACACUCAAGGCACAGAAGAAGCGACUGAAGCACCGGUUCUGGUCCGAACUAUACCAAGGUGCCAAGCUCUUCUACCUCUCGGGUGUGAUCAACGGCCGAUACCCGGAUCGUGAAGUCCUCAACCUCUCGCGCUUUCUCAGUGUCAUGAAGAAUCCCCGUCCGCUGGUCUGGCGCAAUUCACAUCCUUACGCAUUGGCUGAUCGAAUGCUCGACAUCACACCACCGACCACGGUUGAAGCUGACGAGAAGUGCGAUCGCACGAUUGCGCUAUACGGAUAUCUGCGCGGCACAAAUUUCCCUUCUCACGAUGCUCGUGUACACAUCCCUGGCAUUGGUGAUUUAAAGGUCGAUCGAGUGGAGGCCCUUCCGGACCCUUGCCCCACACCACACUUUGAACAGGCGAAAGAGAAAGCUGAGGGAACAAAGAAGAGGAGACGGCUAGGGGAAAAGCAAAAGAUCAUAUAUGCACCUAUGAGCGAUGUAGGCGGUGUACUGGUGGACAAGGAUGCUGUAUACAUCGACAUCAAGAGCAAUAACUUUGAUGCAGAUGACAGCGACGAAGAUCGCGGACUCGGCGAACAGAUGGUCGUUGGUCUGCAGGCUGAGCGGAAAUUACUUGGAGAGGAUGACCAGGGUAUCGCUUUGUUCAAUCGAGGAGAGAAAUUGAGAGAGGUCGCCGACGAUGAUGAAGCCCAAAACACGGGCCGCAAGGAUCGUCGGAAACCAUCGGUCAUGGAAAGGGACGAGGACGACGAAGUUGAGGAUGAUGAGGAUGAGGGGUUUGCGAGUGGCGAUACCGAUGACGAAGCGGAUCUCGAGGCCCUGCAGCAAGCACCCUCAAAUCUGCGCAAGAAACCGAAAGAUCAGGAUCAGCAGGUCGAAGGUGACAUUGCGUUCGCAGACUCUGACAGCGAUCUCGGGUCGAUAUCCUCCGUUUCCGAUCAAGAUCUGGAGGAAGAUCCUGACGAGGAAGACGAAUUCGACGACGAUGAUGAUGACGAUGACGAGCUGCGAUGGAAAUCAAAUCUGGCAGAUCGUGCCUUGGCACUACAUCGUCGAAAGCAACCAUACCGCGUUGCGGAACUCGCCAAGAUGAUGUACAACAAUAUGCUCUCCACGGCGGAUGUCGUGAAGAAAUGGCGAGGCGAAGACGAUGAAGAUGGAGAGGCUGAUGAGAAGCCCGAAGAAGACGAUUUCUUCCAAAGGAGAAAGAUCACCAAUGACGAAGAUGACGAUCGCAUGAUUCCUGAACUCGAUUACACUGAACUCGAAAGCAAGUGGCAAGACGAUGACAUGAUCGAGUCCUUGCGAGCGCGAUUCGCAUCAACUCGGGUCAGCGGUGCCAAUGCUGAAGAGCUCGGGAGCGAUGAUGACUCUUUUGGUGAUGAGGAUGGGGAGGGAGGCGAUGAUGACGAAGGAGAUGGUGAAUUUGAAGAUCUCGAAACUGGUGAAAAGAAUGUGCCCAAAGCAGAUGCUGCAGAUGAAAUCGAGGCAGAGCGUGAUGCAAACGCACGCAAAAAGGAAGAACUGAAAUUGCGGUUCGAAGAAGAGGAUCGCGAGGGUUUCUUGAACCCCAAGAAUACCAAUCGCGAAGCCAACGGAGCCAGCACAGAGCAGGAGUACGGUGAGGAUGAAUGGUACGAUGCCCAGAAAGCUCUUCUUCAAAAGCAACAGGAUAUCAACCGCCGCGAGUUUGAGGAUCUGGAUGACCUAUCGCGUGUUCGUGCGGAAGGACAUCGCGCGGGCACUUAUGCGCGCAUCAUCCUUUCCAAUGUGCCAUGCGAGUUCACCGAGAAUUUCGACGCACGAUUUCCACUUCUCAUUGGUGGUCUUCAGCCUACAGAGGAGCGAAUGGGAUUCGUCCAAGUACGCAUCAAGCGGCAUCGAUGGCACAAGAAGAUUCUCAAGACAAACGAUCCCUUGAUUUUCUCGCUUGGGUGGCGGAGAUUCCAGACCACCCCUGUCUACAGCAUCAGCGACUCCCGAACGCGCAACCGCAUGCUCAAGUACACCCCUGAGCACAUGCACUGUUUUGGAACGUUCUAUGGGCCGCUGGCUGCACCCAACACUGGCUUCUGUUGCGUGCAGAGCCUUUCAAACAAGAACCCCGGCUUCCGUCUCGCCGCGACAGGUGUCGUGCUCAACGUCGACGAGAGCACCGAAAUCGUCAAAAAGCUCAAACUCACCGGGCACCCUUACAAGAUCUUCAAGAACACCGCUUUCAUCAAAGACAUGUUCGGCUCCGCCCUCGAAAUCGCCAAAUUCGAAGGCGCCAGCAUCAAGACCGUCUCCGGCGUCCGCGGCCAGAUCAAGAAAGCCCUGUCGAAGCCCGAAGGCUGUUUCCGCGCAACUUUCGAAGACAAAAUCCUCAUGAGCGACAUCGUCUUCCUGCGCGCCUGGUUCCCCGUCCGGCCCCACCGCUUCUACAACCCGGUCACAAACCUCCUCGUCGCCGGCGAUGGCGCUCAGGGAGAUGCCUGGACCGGCAUGCGGCUGACCGGCCAGGUCCGCGCGGACCAAAACCUGCCCACGCCGAAGCUGAAGAACAGCGCUUACCGCCCGAUUGAGCGCCAAGAGCGCCAUUUCAACCCCCUGCGCGUCCCGCGCAAACUCCAGGCCGAGCUACCGUACAAAUCGCAAAUCGUCCGGAUGAAACCGCAGCGGCCGGGCAAGGAGACGUACGUCCAGAAACGCGCGGUGGUCGUCGGCGGCGAGGAGAAGGCUGCGCGUAGGCUCAUGGCGCAGGUCAUGACUAUCCGGAAGGCGAAGGUUGAGAAGCGCAGGGCCAAACAGGAGGAACGCAAGCAGGGUUAUCGGGAUAAGGUCAAGGAGAAUAUGGAGAAGAGGACGGAGCGGGAGAAGAAGGAGCGGGACGAGUUUUGGAAGAGAGAGGGGAAGAAGAGGAAGGGGUGGAAUCAGGAUGGUGGGGAGGGCGGUGGUGCUGGCGGUGGUAAGAGGAGGAGAACGUAG